AUGUUUUUAAUUGCAAAAAUUGUUCGAGGCCGACGACUUCUUCACCAAUUAGAACAACAAGAAGAAAAAGCAAAAGCAGCAGCUAAACAACACGAACAACGGGAAAAACUUUCUAGAGGCGUUAGUGGGGUUGAAAGUAUUGCUGUUGCCACAACAACAUUAAAUUGUCCAGUCAGAACUGGAACUUUAAAACAAAAUUUAAAAAUAAAAACAAAUAAUACAGAGGUUGAUGAUGAUUUGGCUGUUAUUGAAUUAGUUGAAUUCUCUCCAAAAAGUAUUAAUGGAGAUGGGGGAGGAAAUGGAGAUGUUGAUAUAAGAGAGGUGACAGCUUGUACUUAUUUAAAAUAA